AUUAGUAUACGGUCGCCACUCUAUAUAGCGUGUCCAUGAUGGUGACUCGCAAAACCUCUUGAAUACUCAUCUUAGUAACCUCAAACUUCGAACUAGAGAAUUGAAGAAGAGAUCGUGUAUUUGUUUCAUAUAUUUGUGUAUAAAAUAAGUGAAUAAAAUGCCGGAAAGCACCAAAAUAGAAACAAAACCGGUUAAAGAAGUGAAGAAUGGCAAAGAAGACGAUAAAAAUGAACUGUCAGAAGAAGAUAAGCUUCUACAGGAAGAAUUAACUUUACUUGUGGAGCGUCUCCAAGAUGCUAACACCAAACUACACUAUCCUGCCUUAGAAUCCUUGCGUUCACAUAUUCGUGCAUCAACAACAUCAAUGACAAGUGUUCCGAAGCCAUUGAAAUUUAUGCGACCUCACUAUGAUACUAUGAAAAAUAUACAUGAAAAAAUGAUCAAUGUAAAAAAUAAGGAAUUAUGUUCAGAUGUUAUUUCCGUUUUGGCAAUGACAAUGGGUGAAGGCCGAGAGUGUUUAAAAUAUAGACUAACAGGCUCCGCACUGGCAAUUGGUGAAUGGGGACAUGAAUACGUUAGACAUUUAUCAGGAGAACUAGCAGGAGAAUGGGAUGAGGUAACAGGUGACAACGUUGAAGCAACGAACAAGAAACUUAUCGCUCUGGUGCACGAGAUUGUACCCUACAACAUGGCACAUAAUGCAGAAACAGAAGCAUGUGAUCUUCUAAUGGAGAUUGAGAGGUUGGACUUGCUGGAACAGUACGUUGAUGAAAGUGCUUAUCAGCGAGUAUGUCUUUAUCUUACAAGUUGCGUAUCAUAUGUAGCUGAUCCAGAGAACAGCACCCUUCUUCAUGUCGCCUGCAAGUUAUAUCGUAAAUUUGGUCAAUAUCCGCAAGCAAUUAGGCUGGCGAUGCAAUUGAACGAUUUGCCACUUAUUGAAUCGAUCUUCACAAACUGUCGAGAUCUUUCUGUGCAAAAGCAACUGGCCUUUAUGCUAGGUCGUCAACAAAUCUUCCUGGAACUACAUGAAGCUACGAUAGAAGACGAUGAUCUCUUUGAGAUAAUGUCUAACUCGCACUUGAACAAUCACUUCCUGAAUUUGGCACGUGAAUUGGAUAUAAUGGAGCCAAAGACACCUGAGGAUGUCUAUAAAUCUCACUUGGAGAACUCGCGACCACCAUUUGGUGGCGGUCAAGUUGAUUCAGCACGGCAGAAUCUCGCAGCAAGUUUCGUCAAUGGUUUUGUAAACGCUGCGUUUGGUCACGAUAAAUUGCUGAUUGAAGACGGUAACAAAUGGCUGUAUAAAAACAAGGAGCAUGGCAUGCUGAGUGCGACUGCAUCCCUAGGUCUGAUCUUACUGUGGGACGUUGAUGGUGGCCUGACGCCAAUCGAUAAAUAUUUAUAUUCGUCGGAAGAUUAUAUCAAGUCUGGCGCUCUAUUGGCUUGCGGAAUUGUCAAUUGCGGCGUCAGGAACGAAUGUGAUCCUGCCUUAGCUUUGCUUUCCGAUUAUGUGUUACAUAGUAGCAACACUAUGCGCAUUGGCGCCAUUGUCGGUCUCGGUAUUGCCUACGCCGGUUCAAACAGAGAAGGAGUGUUAGGUUUGCUGACACCGGUUCUCAGUGACACCAAGUCGAGCUGGGAAGUCUUGGGUAUGACUGGUUUAGCAUUAGGAAUGGUUGCUGCCGGUUCUUGUAACGCUUAUGUCACUACAGCGAUUAUGCACACGUUAAUGGAUAAGUCGGAAUCUGAUCUCAAAGAUACAUACGCGCGAUUUUUGGCACUUGGUUUGGGAUUGUGCUUCCUAGGUAAACAGGAAGCGGCAGAAGCGAUCAUAGCAGCUUUAGAGAUCGUUCAUGAGCCAUUCAGAUCGAUGUCGACAACACUAGUGGAGGUAUGUGCAUAUGCUGGUACAGGAAAUGUCCUCAAGAUCCAACACUUGUUACACAUCUGCUCAGAGCAUUAUGAAUCGAGUAAUGAGAAGGAGGAAAAAAGCGAGCGUAAAGACAAAGAUAAGAAAGAGGAGAAGAAAGAGGAGAAAGAGAAAGAUCUCAGUUCCAGGCAGGCUAUCGCCGUUCUUGGUAUUGCUCUGAUCGCUAUGGGAGAGGAAAUUGGUGCCGAGAUGGCUUACAGAACCUUUGGCCACUUGCUACGUUAUUGCGAACCCGUGAUUCGCCGCUCGGUACCACUCGCCCUAGGUCUUAUCUCUGUAUCGAAUCCAAAACUAAACAUCUUGGAUACGCUAUCAAAGUUCUCGCACGACAGUGAUCCCGAGGUAGCGCACAACGCAAUAUUCGCCAUGGGACUGGUCGGUGCCGGCACGAAUAAUGCGCGAUUAGCCGCCAUGCUGAGACAGCUGGCUCAAUUCCAUGCGAAGGAUCCCAACAAUCUCUUCAUGGUGCGCAUCGCACAAGGUUUGACGCAUCUAGGUAAAGGCACGCUCACACUGUCGCCUUAUCAUAGUGACAGACAGCUGCUCAGCCCUGUUGCUCUAGCUGGUCUUCUAUCGACGCUGAUCGGUUUCCUGGACGUAAAAAACAUUAUUCUCGGACGUUCACAUUAUCUCUUGUAUACACUGGCUGCUGCAAUGCAACCCAGAAUGCUAGUAACAUUUGAUGAGGACCUGAAUCCACUAGCUGUACCAGUAAGAGUUGGACUUGCCGUCGAUGUUGUCGGCCAAGCAGGCAAACCGAAGACCAUCACAGGCUUUCAAACGCACACCACUCCGGUGUUGUUGGCAUAUGGUGAGAGAGCGGAACUUGCAACCGAGGAAUAUGUACCACUGACACCAAUUAUGGAAGGUUUUGUAAUCUUAAGAAAGAAUCCAGACUUUAUACCUUAGUCAUCGUAAUAAUUUUGUCGAUCAUCAAUGUACCUCGUACUGAAUUACUUAUAAGACAGAAUAAUAUAAUAAAAGUAUCUCAUUUCAUUUUACAUAUACGAAAAACGCAAUAUUCUCCACAAAUUUCCUUUUUUGUAAAAUCAAGACAUGUUCCGCAAUAUUUUCGUUCCGUUGCAGAAAGGGAUACAAGGCAAUGAUAUAUUUUCUAUUUAAUAGUAAAAUGCACAGAUUUUAAUAAUAAAAAAUACUGUAUAAUGUAUAAAAUCUCAUUCGGCACGAAUUUUGUACGCAUUAUACAUACAUCGUAAAAAAAAUCAAUAUAAAACAACAGUAUUUUAUACUGCAUUCUUAGUAAUAACAAUACAUCGGUGGAUGUUUUUUUUUGUAAGUAGCAGUCAGCAGUGUACGCAAGUCUCAUGUAAGUCGUCACCAUUAUCGGCAUAAUUUAAGCCUGCACAACUUGCUGAAUACGUUAUCCGCGGGCAAAUUUUCUUUAAAAUAGAAGUUUGUAUACGUAUCGACGAUACAUGUAGCAAUAAGUGUGCUAGAGUAUUAUUUGAUCGAGUUGUCGAAUUUGCUGUCCGGUGGAGCAGCUAGUUAUGCAGACUUGAUAUAAAUUACAUCCUAAUAUUUUCUAUAUUUUGCCACUAUCUUUUUUAACUGAAAAAUGUAAAAAUAGAAUUACGAUCAUGUUAGUUUGUUAAAAUGUACGUAUCGCGCAAAAUACGCAUAAACAAAAGUGUAUUGUAUUAUGUCAAUAAAAUACGUUAAUCGUACAACUUUAAAUAAUAUUUUUAUAAAAAAAACUUGCGCUAUAACUAUUAUAAUAAUGUAACUUUUAUUCUUAUCGCGAUUGUUUACUUUUAAUAUCUCUAUAUAAAAAUACAAUGAAUGUUUAAG